GAGGGUGACUCGUAGCUGGGUCAGUUGCGCUCCGGAGUUGGUGGGUCACAUGGAGAUAGAGCGGAGCGGGCACUGAGCUGAGCCGAGAAGAGCCGAACCGACUCCGGCCAUGGCGCCUCCUCUCAAAGGGAAGAGAAAGCGGUCGGAGGGCAGCGAGCCCACGGAGCAGCCGGCGUCCCCGAAGGCUGACAGUGAGGAGAGCCAGGGCUCCACAGAGCCUGUGGAGUCCCCAGAAGCAGGCGGGGAGCGGGAGCAGGAGCAGGCCUUCCUGGUCAGCCUCUACAAGUUCAUGAAGGAGCGACACACGCCCAUCGAGAGGGUGCCCCACCUUGGCUUCAAGCAGAUUAACCUGUGGAAGAUCUACAAGGCUGUGGAGAAACUUGGAGCCUAUGAGUUGGUGACUGGGCGCCGCCUCUGGAAGAAUGUCUAUGAUGAACUGGGCGGAAGCCCCGGCAGUACCAGCGCAGCGACUUGUACCCGUCGGCACUAUGAGAGGCUGGUCCUUCCCUACGUUCGGCACUUGAAGGGAGAAGAUGACAAGCCGCUGCCCCCCACCAAACCUCGGAAACAGUACAAGGUCUCCAAGGAGCCCAAGGGGGACGAGGCUGUGGCGGAGAAGCCAAAGCGAGCCAAGGAGGAGAGGGGCCAGAUCAUAGGGGAUAAAACAAAACCGGAAACCACCUCUUCAGCUCGCCUUCCCGGCCAGGAGGAGGCUGAGAGCAGCGCCAGGCCCUCUGGUCCUUCCCUGGGGAUGGCCGCUCUGCCCUUCCCAGGAGGACCGGAGGCCGCUGGGGGCUGUGCCGAGGCGUACAAACGCCUUCUCUCCAGCUUCUACUGCAAAGGGACCCACGGCAUCAUGUCCCCUUUGGCCAAGAAGAAGCUCCUGGCCCAGGUGAGCAAGGCCGAGGCCCUGCAGUGCCAUGAUGAGGCCUGCGACCACCGGCUGAGCGCUUCCGAAGUGGGUCCCACACGACCCUCGGUCAUCUACCCGACAGAAGGGCCAAAGAGCCCAGGCCUUCCAGAGGAGAACCCCCGGGAACCGCCCUGCCUGCUCCACCGGCUGGCCAGCCCCGAAGAACCCCGGAAAACCGCUCACAGUCCCAAGGAGGACGUUCAGCCGGGGGGCGGUGACAGGGGCCCGGCCCAGCCCCAUCUCUCCACCCCCAUCUUCACCGGCUGCUUCCAUGCUUACCCUGCAGAAGUGCUGAAACCAGUGAGCCGGCAUCCACAUGACUUCUUUCCCAGUUCUAAGGAGGAGGCCGAAGCCGGCUCUCCCUUCAGGCCCCCGGGGAAAGACGGGGGGAAGCUCGAGGGCCAGCCGCAGCUCUUGUGGGGUGGGGAUGCCAGUCACCCCUCUGCAUUCCACAAAGGCGGGGCAGGGAAGAACAGCCCUUACCCCAGGCCCAAAGCCUGCUGGGUGCCCCCCAUGGCUAAAGCCACUCCCAAGGGGCCUUCCACACCCCCCACUUUUCCCAGCAGCCCAAGCCCUGGGGCCAGCUCCGGCUCCCGCAGCAAGCGGAGCUUAGAGGAAGAAAGCUUUGCUCUCGGCAAAAAGCUGAGGGCUGUGUCUCCCUUCCUCAAGGAGGCAGAGCCCAAAGACUCUGGAGUGAAGCCCCCUGGGCACAACCUGGGCUUCCCACACCUGCUGGGCCCAGCCCUUGGGCCUCCACCCCAGGAGGCCUACAAGGGGACCAUGGUGCGUUUCCCCCUCAACUUCGCCAAUAUGUCUGACCCCCUGAAAGGCCAAGCCUCCCUCCCCUUUAGUCCUCUGGUGAUCCCCGCUUUCCCUGCCCACUUCCUCACCACCUCGAGCCCGUCCCCCAUGGCAGCGGGCCUGGUGCACUACCCUCCCACAUCCUUCGAUGGGUCUCUCCGCCACAGACUCUACCCGGUCUCCACUUGGCACAUGCAGCCCACAUACCCGGCCCCUCACCUCUCUUCCUUCCACCUCAACACCAAGCUGUAGGCAGGGCCUCGUGCAUGAGCGGCCCUCCCGGUUCCUUCCUCUCCGUACCGAUGAGCAUUAGAGCACUCCCAGGUGUAGGCAGGGCCUCUGGCUUCCUAGGCCGGGCAGCUGUGCCGCACUUCACUCCGAAAAUGUCUCUCCACCCCGUGUUAAGUCUGUAUAUGAGGUGGAUUGUCUAACAAAAAAGCAAAAAGUGGGUUAUUCUCUCUGAGAGGACUCGUGAGGCCGAGGGCCCUGAACCAGAGACCAGGAACUGCAAAACUGGCUGGGCUGGGCUGGGCCCGCACCCGGGUGUGGGCCGGGCAUCGAGCCCCUCCUGCACCAGAGGGACAAGAGAAACCAUGCGUUUGAGCUUAUCAUGACCGUCGUGACUCAUCUAAGGCACUGAACAAGGAGGGUCUGAGACUGGAAUCCCACUGGCAUGAGGGGGCAUUGGCUUGAACCAUCUGGAUUAAAACAAUAUAAAAACCCAAUAAAGACACCUCUGCUUGCUCUCAAUUUCCAUGGAGCCAGGGACUGUGUACUUUGGGGGUGGUUUCUUGUAGAGUCGGUCAAGGGAACCAGGGGGUGGGACGCACUUGGUGCUUCCUGUCACUUUGGAAAGUUUCUGCCUCUCUAACCCGAACUACUCUGGCCUAACCUUCGGGGUAGUAGGGGAAGCUGGCUCCCCUCCCCGGGGUCAGUGGGCAGGCAACUUACCCCUGGGCUGGUGCUGGGGCACUCCCGAGCCAGCGGCCAUGGGUACUUUGGAUCAGGAAUAGAGCAGAGUUAGUCUGCCCUGGAUACUAGAGCAGUGAUUUAUGGGCUCUUCAGCAAGUUUAUAGAAGCAGAGUGGUCGGGCACAGAAAAACCCCUUGAAGGAAGUAAAAAAGCAUCGUACAAAUGUCAGCUGUUAUCAUCCUCCCUUGUGUCUUAGCCAGGCUGAAUCUCCCAUGCUGUCCUAGUGGAAAUAGGGGGAGGCAGUUUUGGAACUGCUUGAGUACAGAACCUGGAAAUCAAGAUUGUUGAAUCUUGAAUCCCAGCUGUGUGACUUUGAGCAAAUUCCUUUUCUUCUCCCAUCUUGUUUAUCUCUAAAAUGAAAAGGUUGGACUGGAUCCCUAAAGUCUCCAACAACCUAGGAAAAUCUCUAAGGCUGGACCCAGAGCGUAAAGAGAGAUCGGUGUGAAACUGGGGAGAGGUUUCUAGUGGAAUGGUCUGCCAUGGCCUUAUUCUAUUCAGCAUUUUUUAAAAUCAGUGACUUGAAUGAAUUCAGAGAUAGAAUGUUUAUCAAAUGUGCAAGAGGCAUGAUAGUUAAAAUGUUUGAUAGUAAGGUCAAGAUCGAAAUAUGAAAUUUAAGGACAGUUUGUGUGAAAAGGAUUUGGGAAUUUAAAUGAAAUCAAAAAUACUUGUAUAAUCCUGAACUGUAUUACUGCAAUCAUAAUCCCUCAACACUGAAAGGAACCUCAGAGUUUCAUCAAGCCCAAACCAUAUGUGAAUGGGAAUCCUAUCUACAUUUUUCUUGGCAAGAUGCUUCCGAAGACCUUGAGGGAGCAUCAUGGUGUGUAGUAAAUUGUGUUGUUCAGUUGUUUUUCAGUCAUGUCCAACUUCAUGAUUUCAUUUGGGGUUUUCUUGGUAAAGGUACUACAAUGGUUUGCUAUUCAGCUCAUUUUACAAAUGAGGAAAAUGAGGCAAACAGAGCUAAGUGGCUUGUCUAAGGUCACACAGUAACUGAGGUCGAAUUUGAACACGAGAGAGUCUUCCUGACCCUAGGCCCAUUGCUAUAUUCUUUACACCACCUCCCUGAAGGAGCUACAUAGACUCAAGUCCCCUCUUACUACUUUCAAUGAAUGUGACCUUGGACAAGCUGCUUUACUCCUCUGGUCCUGUUUCCUCUGUGAAGCGAGGAGAGAAGUUGGACUGGAUAUCCUCAAAGGUCCCUUCUAGCUCUCAAUCUUUGUCCUACUGAAGCUCCAUCAUCAAAAACUACCUCCCAAGGGAUCCCAUUCCACUUUCAGACAGCUCUAAUCUUUAGAUCUAUUUCAUCUUUUUGAACCAAAAUCUAUCUCUCUUUAACUUCUGCCCAUUGCUCCUGGUUCUGCCCUAUUGGCCCAAGUAACAGUCUCUUUGCAUGACCGGCCCUUCCAAGACUUGCCAGCUGUCUUAAGCCUCUACAGUGUUCUUGCAAUUUAAGAAGCCUCAGUUCCUUCAAUGAAUCCUCAGAAACAAAUGGUUUUAGUCCCUUUGCUGUCUUUGUUGCCCUCCUCUGUUUACACUCUGGUUUAUCAAUGUCCUUCACCUGAUGUUGCCAGACAAACAGAGUCUAGUGGGUUAAGAACUUCCACCAAUCUGGGAACUCUGUUAGUGAAACAUUAAAUUAUUUUGGCUGUCAUGUCAUAUUCUUAGCCAGUGGUAUUCUGAAGCCAGUUUGUACUGGUUUAAGAGAGCUGAUUUUUCCAUUUUCAGUGUUAAAGUUGCAGUUAAAAUUUUCAGCUUGAUUUAUUGUUUGUUGAUCGUCUACACUUAAGAAAAUGAGGAAGAUGUUAAUAAUGCAGAUUAAACUUAAAAGUGUGUUAUGUGUAUGGAGUUUUCUUCCCUGAGAGCUGGUUAUUAAACAUUUACAUAUCCCGUCUUAA